AUGUUGUGUAGAAAAAAUUUGAGUUGUUAUGAUACAGGAUCUGUGCCAGUAUACCUUAACGUUUAUGAUCUGACACCAAUUAAUGGCUAUGCUUAUUGGCUUGGACUAGGAGUUUAUCAUUCCGGGGUUCAAGUUCAUGGUGUUGAGUAUGCUUUUGGGGCUCAUGAGUUUCCAACAACUGGAAUUUUUGAAGGAGAACCAAAACAGUGUGAUGGGUUUACAUUUAGAAAGACACUUUUGAUUGGAAAAACAGAUUUGGGUCCUGAAGAAGUGAGGACAGUGAUGGAGGAACUAGCAGAGGUAUAUAGAGGGAAUGCUUAUAAUUUGAUAACCAAGAACUGCAACCAUUUCUGCAAUGACGCUUGUGUUAGACUUACGGGUAAUCCCAUCCCACGCUGGGUUAAUCGGCUCGCUCGAAUUGGCUUUCUGUGCAAUUGUGUUCUUCCUGCAAAUUUAAAUUCAACGAGAGUUCAGCAUCAUAAAAGUGAAGACAAGGCUUGUGAAGGAGAGAAGAAAAAAUUAACAAGCGAGUCCAACAGAUUCGCAUCUUCUAAUUCUUCAUCAUCUUCGUCGUCAUCACCUGUAGUUCGCGGUAGAAGUAGAAGCAGGCGUGCUCUUCCACCAUCUUCGCCCUUGAUUCUCCGUGCUUCAACUCCCUGA